ACCCCCCCACCCCCCAAAACACACACGAAAGGAGCCAGAGAGAGGCCCCAGGUGUGUUGGAGACAGCAUCUUCAGGCUGCAAGGGGCUCCCGGAGGGUCCCAGGACAUAGCAGUGCUUGAUAUGCUGCCCUGCCUCCCCCUGCUUCUCCUGACGGGGCUUUCUGCAGGCACGGUGACAGCUGAUGAGGGACUGGCACUCGGAGCGGAAGCAGGGUCCUGGAUAACCUUGACCCUGGAGGACGGUGGCAUUCACCUCCAGCUCCAGGAGGUGAAGAGGGGCAAAGCGAGCCAGUUCUUUGGGCUGAUGGGGAAGCGGGUGAGAGGAAUACCUCCUAUCCAUCCAGACAGAAGAGCAGCUCCACCACCAGAGCACUGGCAAGGACAAAGGGCGCAGGGCCUCCCGGGCAGGGCGGGAACAUCUGCAGAAGAACUCUUCCCAGGCGGAGAGGACAAGGACCACGGGUCAGAGUGAGCGCCCCCACUGCACCCUUCCCAGAGGACAAAACCCUCGUCUCCUUCCCUGGACGAUGGAGCGACAGACAGCCAGGACAACUCUCUUCUCCAUGUGUCUCCUGUGCCCGACACUGGUGUGUCCCACCCAACCUCACUGAACUCCCUGCGGUUCCUUCCAGAACCCUCGAUCCUAAGCCAUGGUGACACAAAAAUGCAUGCUGUUACAGUUGUGAGUGGCAGUGAUCCUGCCCUCCCUCAGUGCUCAGCCCCCAUGUCACUGCUAAGCGGGGCCCAGUGUCACCCACUUCUAUGUCUCCUGUGCCGGGAACAGAGUAAGGGCUCAAUAAAUGGACA